AUGGUGGGUCAGGAAUUGGGCAGUAGCCCCAAAGUUGAGGAUCUUGCAAGUAUAAGUGAGGUCCCCGCGGAUAUGUCGACUUCUAAAGAUGCUGCGAAGAAAGCCGAUAGCGCCAACGGUCAGGCCAAUGCCAACGCCAACAUCCCGCCUCCCAAAACCGAUAAGCCACGCCCGCAUGGUUGCACGACAUGCGGUCGGUCCUUCGCUCGGCUUGAGCAUCUGAAACGUCAUGAACGGUCACAUACCAAAGAGAAGCCCUUUGAGUGCCCGGAUUGCGCUCGCUGUUUCGCUCGCCGCGAUCUACUGCUGAGACAUCAGCAAAAGCUGCAUAUGACUACAACCCCGUCGUCGCGCCCUAGAAAUGCUCGUAGAGAAAGCACCGGCGGCGCAGGGACGGGAACCAACCGCGUUCGCAAGAACUCCAUUGUCAGCAACAACGCCGCAAGCACAAUGCGGCCGCGUGCCAAUACCAUUAGCCAUAUAGACGUUGCUUCACUAGGCAUUACCAAUGCCACUAACCCACCCCCGUCGGCCCCCGGCCAUGCCUACCAUCCCAGCCUGGGGUCAGCGCCCCUAGGAUCCAGCUUGGAUUAUCGCGGAUUCAGCAGCAGCCAUGCACCGGUGAACGGCCUGACGAAGCUGGACACGCACGGGCUGCCCAUGGAUCUCUCCGGCGGUCUUCGCACCGCUCCCGUGGGGCAUUUCGACGUCAACUUCGGCGAAAUGUUUAUGGGCCAUGGUCAUGGCACUACUAUUAAUCCCGCUCAGCUUCACUUUGGCGGUUCUCCGCAGGCCUACGGAAACGACUCCCCGUCGUCUCCGUACGCGCACGCGGCUCAUAUCAUGCCGCCGAACGCCGACCCGAUGAUGGAGGACGACUUUGCCUUUGAGUGGAUGAACGGAUUCGACCCCUCGGUGCCGAUGGGCAAAGGUAAUGAAUCGGCCCUGGACGGAUCCUCCCCCUCGGCCAUGAGCACGGGCAGCCAGAGCGGAAUCAGCGAGGCGAUGAUGGACGGAUCGAAUCGAUUCUCUGCCUCCACGGCCAGCUGGCACAACCCUUUCCCAGCGCAUGCGGGGCCGCCCAACCAAUUCUCCGUUGAUUAUACCUCCCCCGCUUUUAACGAUCUAGGAAUUCCACCGGAAACCGUGUCUCCCAAGUCCUUGAUGGCGCAAAACCCUUUUACGGAGACCUAUGCCACCCCUCCAUCCAUGACGUCGGUGGGCCAGCCCAUUUUGGGUGGACAUUCGCAGAGUAUGUUAUCAUCCUCUAUGGCAACAAGCGGAGAAUCUCCUAAUCCUCUCAACCUGCCUUUCGCGAAUAGUGCCUUACGAACUCUCCAUUCCGCAACCUCCACGGAUACCUUUACAGACUCCACACGACAGGCUCUAUUAGCCAGCAUGGCCACCCCCUCCGCUUUUAGUCACCGCAAGUACUCCCAGCCCGCCAGCGGCAUGAUCCAUUGCCGCGAGCUCUUUGCCCGCUCUAGUUUCAACAACUCUUCCGCUCAAUUACCCAGCACCUCCGAUAUGCAGCGUUACAUCUCGGCCUACAUCACCUACUUCCACCCUCACAUGCCGUUUCUCCACAUUCCAACCCUCAACUUCCAGGCUCCCGAAUAUACGAACAAUCUCCGCACCCCCAGUGGCCACCUCAACUUAAGCUCCACGGGGGUCGCCGGGGGUGGCGGCUGCUUGAUUCUCUCCAUGGCAGCCAUCGGGGCCCUCUACGAAUUCGACACGGCUGCCUCCAAGGACCUUUUCGAGGCCGCCAAAAAGAUGAUCCAACUGUACCUGGAGGAACGCCGCAAAGCCGACAUGUCCGCCGCUCUUGGCCGAGGUCACGCCGGGCGAGACAACUCCGUGCACAACACGCCUCUCUGGUUGGUGCAGGCGAUGCUCCUCAACGUCAUUUACGGUCACACCUGCGGGGACAAGACCUCGGCUGACAUCGCCAGUACGCACUGCGCGGCGUUGGUAAGUCUCGCCCGUGCGGCCGACCUGACCCAUCACCUCGAUCCCAAGGAUCUCCCGCAAGAUUAUCUGAAUACCGCCGUCGGCGGCGGGUCUGGGACAACGGAGCCCGAAGGAUGGAACCCGUCACCCUUUGGGCCACCCCACGAACGAAAGGGCUGGUUGGACUGGAAGGUUGUGGAAGAACGCAAACGUACUCUCUAUGCCAUUUUCUCACUCUCGUGCUUCCUUGUGUCCGCGUACAACCAUGCACCUGCUCUCACCAACUCCGAAAUCCGCCUGGAUUUGCCAUGUGAAGAGGAUGUCUGGGCCGCCGAAUCCCCGCAAGCAUGGAAGCAAAUGGGCGGCCAUCUUGCACCGAAGAACACCACUUCCUUCUCCGCGGCACUGACGACCCUCCUGACCGCCAGUCAUCGAGAGCAGACCCAGUCCAGCUCGCCAGGGAACCCCACCUCUGGUGAUGAAACUGUAAAUAAUGACCUGAACCUGAGCACCUUCGGUUGCCUGGUCCUUAUCUACGCACUCCAUAACUACAUCUGGGAGACUCGCCAGCGCCAUAUGGGUCGACAGUGGACCGCAAGAGAGACCGAUGCCAUGCAAGGGCACAUUGAGCCUGCCUUGAGGGCAUGGCAGACAGCAUGGGCCAACAACCCUCUCCACAGCCUAGAGCGACCCAAUCCCUUUGGGGCGGGCCCGCUUUCGGCCGACAGCAUUCCUCUGCUAGACCUUGCCUACGUGCGGUUGUUUGUGAACCUUGGCCGGUGCAAAGAGGCCUUUUGGCAGAGGGACUGGAAUGCGAUGUCCGAUGAGCUUGCACGAGACACGGAAAUCGUACACCAGGCCGAUGACAUGCCUUGUGAUGUAUUGGAUCCUUCCAUGGUCGAUGUCACUCAACCACCGGGCAACCGCCGUGAUUCGGUAGCGGAUUUAGGGGUCGCAGAUCUCACCAUUUCAAGAACCCCGACCCAAGACCAUCCCACAGAGGGCCUGAUGGGGUUAUAUCGGCCGGGCCAGUCCAAAAGAGAGCGCCAUCUACGGAAAGCUGCAUUCUACGCCGCGGACUCCAUAUCCAUGUCUGACCGACUUGGGAACACUUUCGCCGAAUUCACGUGUAGAGAGCUGCCAAUCCAAUGUGCCAUGUGCGCCUUUGACUGUGCCCAGGUCCUUGCGGAAUGGAUCACAACGGUGCAGGAGCGCGUCGGACCCUACCUAGGGGUUCUAGGCCGAGACGACAUCGAUCUGGUACAGGCCUCUAACGCCAUGCUACUGGAGGAGGAAGACUGUAAACUGUUAGACAAAAUCAAAGAGAUUCUCACAAGUGUUGAAAGCAAGAUGCAAAGAGAGGUACAGAGCAGUGCGACCGUGUCAGCUCUAAGCGUCUUACAGCGGCUUCCCAGCGUUGUGGAGGGAGGAUAUGGCUGCAAGAUCCUCAUUGCUACAGCAAGCCUUCUCGACCGGGCUGCUGUCUGGCCAGUGAUCAAGUUGAUGGCCCGAUCGCUUGAAGCGCAAGCUAUGCGUCUCAAGGAGCGUUCCGAAAACUCGACCAUAGGCUCCAACUGA